AUGCAUAUCAAUUGGCAAGAGAACAUCGAUUCUUUCAGACUCAGCGACGAACUUAAAUUUUAUUAUCGACUCGAUAUCGAUGUGACAAACUGGAAGAUAGCGUAUAGAGGCAUGCUUUUCAGAUCACCAUGGCAGUAUGCCAAGGAAAAAGAGUGGAUACCAUCUGAAGAAAUGAUGAUCCUGACUGACGGACUGAGGUGGCCGGCUUUGUAUCACCCUCGCACCGACAAGCUUCGAGUCAUGUGGCGCCGUGUAGAAGAUGAGGUCGAGCGCAAUAAUGAGCAGCGAGAAAGAAUCGCCUUGGAGGAAUGGAACCGUCCGGGAUUUGGUCCGCCUUCUGAGUUUUGGGCAGACAGAUAUCGGAAGAAGAACAUUCUUGGCAAAGCACUCAAACACCAGUGUUUCUGCGUUCCAGAGGAUACACACUCACGAGCUUCCGCAGCUCUCCGCCUCCUCGGUGAUAAGGGCGAGACCGCUAACCAGGCUGGUGACAGUUGA